AUGGUACGCAAAAGGGUUGAAAUCAAGAAAAUCGAGGAAAAACCAAAGAUGUACACAACUUUCACAAAAAGACGUCAAGGCCUCUUCAAGAAAACCAAAGUUCUUUGCACAAUGUGCGAAGCUGAGGCGGCGAUUCUCACUUUUUCCAAGGCUGGAAACGCCUUUUUUUUCGGCCACCCAAGCGUGGAGUCCGUGUUGAAUAGAUACUUCACUGAUCCUUCUUCUUCUCUGACUAAAAACGAAGAUGAGAAGGUGAUGCCUCCGACUUCUUCUUCUCUUACGAGAAACGAAGAUGAGGUGGUGAUGCCUCCAAUGUCUGAGGCGGAGAAAAAGAUUGUGGAGUUGAUUGGGCAGGGAAGGGCAUCAUGGGAUGUUGGCGUUCAGAAUUUAGGGCUUCUUGAGCUUGAUGAACUCGAGGCGGCGAUUCAAGAAAUAAAGUGCAAGGUGGUGGCACAGUCAAGGGAGAUUAUAAGCAACGGCGAGGAUCAGGACUAA